ACUGGAAAAGAAAUUUGUGGGUCGUCGUGAAAAAUGGAGUACAUGAAUAAUGUCUCAAACGGGCCAAAUCCAUCAGCUUCCGGCUCAUCAACUGUGAACAAAAUUCUUUGCUGCGAAUGUGGCGUCCCGAUCGAACCGAACGCUACGAACAUGUGCGUACCGUGUUUGCGUUCGCACGUCGACAUUACGGAAAACAUUCCGAAGCAGGCGGCAAUAUUCUUCUGUCGGAACUGCGAACGCUACCUGAACCCACCGAACGAAUGGGUCCAGUGCAGUUUGGAGUCGAAGGAACUGCUCAGCCUGUGCCUGAAGCGCUUGCAGGGCUUGCGCCAGGUGAAGCUGGUCGACGCCGGGUUCGUUUGGACGGAACCCCACUCGAAGCGCAUCAAGGUAAAGCUGACCGUGCACGGUGAGGUGAUGAGCGAUGUCGUGCUGCAGCAGGUGUUUGUGGUGGAGUUUACAGUCAACAAUCAGAUGUGUGACGAUUGUCACCGAACGGAGGCGCAGGACUAUUGGCGUUGCUUGGUGCAGGUGCGCCAGAAGGCAGUUAACCGGAAAACGUUGUUCUACCUCGAGCAGAUGAUACUAAAGCACAAAGCACACGAGAACACGCUUGGCAUCAAGCCGAACACGGGCGGGUUGGACUUUUUCUACGCAACCGAAGCUCACGCUAGGAAGAUGGUCGAUUUUCUGCAGGCAGUGCUGCCGGUCAAGGUGACCAACUCGAAGAAGCUCAUUUCGCACGAUAUCCACAGCAACUCGUACAACUACAAGUAUUCGUACGCCGUGGACAUUGUGCCGAUUUCUAAGGGUAGCUUGGUGUGUUUGAGCAAGAAGCUAACACAACAGCUCGGUCACUUGGCACCGAUUUGUUUGGUUUCGAAGGUGGCCAACUCGAUUCAUCUUAUUGAUCCACAGACGGCACAGAUGGCUGAAGUUCAGAACAUGGCCUUUUGGAAGACGCCAUUCGAAGCGAUCUGCAAUCCAAAGCAAAUGAUCGAGUUUAUCGUAAUGGAUGUGGAGAUCAUUCGCGAAAGCCAACGGAAAACGUUCCCCGGUCAGGGUCCCGUAUCACAGCGUCAUACUCUCGCCGACGUUUGGGUGGUAAAAGCGGCCGAACUCGGCAUUAACGAUAAUACGAUCCACGUCAAAUCACAUCUUGGCAACUUGCUCAAGCCGGGCGAUUCCGUGCUCGGAUACGAUUUGCGGGAAGCGAACGUAAAUAAUACCGAUUUCGAGAAGCUUAACGCAGAGCUGCUACCCGAUGUGCUGCUGAUAAAGAAAUCGUACGACAAAACGGUACGCAAGCAGAACCGUAACUGGAAGCUGAAGCAUCUGAACGAGGACGUCGUGGUCGAUACGGACAUCGAGAACGAGUACAACGAGUUCCUCGAGGAUUUAGAGGAAGAUCCGGAACUGCGGCAGAAUGUGAACAUUUUCCGGGACAAGAACAAACAGAUACCGGUCGAUACGAACGAUAUGGAAGAUCCGUCCGUACCGCGCAUCACGCUGGAGGAAAUGUUGGACGAUUUGGUGCUGGAGGAUGAAGAAAUGGGCGAUGUAUGA